UUGUAUCCAGCCUACACUUACUUCGGACGCACUGCGGAGAAUGUUUUACUCCACAAAAGAACGUGCAAAGUACUUUUGAAUUUCAAAGUUUCUCAUGAAGUGCUUUAUGUACCACUUACGUUACUGAUGCAAUGUCAUACAAACGGUUGUUUUAUAAUUCAUCCAGACAAUGCAAAAUUUCUAGCGUUUGCAGUGAUGUGAAGACUGUUGAGAAAACUACGAAACAAUGGUUUUUGUACAAUGAAAGGGCAACUGAUAUUGAACCGGAGAAAACAUCUAUCAUCUUAUUCCCAGGCCAGGGGGCACAGUUUGUUGGGAUGGGCAAAGAACUCGUAAAACUACCCAAGAUUAAAGAGAUGUUUCAAUGUGCUAAUGAAAUUCUAAGGACAGAUAUUCUACGCACUUGCUUGGAGGGUCCUGUUUCAAAGUUGUCAAAAACUAUUCAUUGUCAACCGGCAACUUACAUAAUUUCCCUAGCAGCCAUAGCAAAACUGCGGGAAGAAAACGACGAGUUAGUUAGGAAUUGUGUAGCUACAGCUGGAUUUAGUGUUGGUGAAAUCACAGCACUGGUGUUUUCCGGUGCCCUUACAUAUGAAGAAGGUUUGCAUAUCAUUCGUGUCCGAGCAGAGGCUAUGCAGAAAGCAUGUGAUCAAAAAUCUGGAGCAAUGCUUACGGUGUUUGUGAAUCCAGGAUCUCCAUUAAAACUCGCAAUAGCAGCAGCUAUUAACCAUUGCGAAAUUCAUCAUAAAAUCCAAAACCCCUGUUGUAAAGUUGCUAACUAUCUUUAUCCAGACUGUAAAGUUCUUGCCGGUAAUAACGAGGCUAUAGAUUACAUUGAAGAACAUGCUGCUCAAUUUGGAAUACGUCGUACAAAACGGUUAGAAGUCAGUGGGGCUUUCCAUACACCUUUAAUGUUCUCUGCCUAUAAAACUUUGGCUAAUUCACUUAACAGAAUGGAUGAUUUCCGUGAACCUAAAAUACCUGUUGUUAGUGUUGUAGACGCUUUGCCUUAUAGAAAUGCAAUGAAUAUUAAGCAAAAACUUGCUAUGCAGGUCACUCGUCCCGUACUAUGGGAACAAACGUUAUAUGCAUUAUACAAUCGUCCACCAGAUGUUUCUUUUCCGCGUACCAUUGAACCUGGUCCUGGUAGACAACUUGGUGCUAUGCUAAGGAUGGCUAAACGUGGGGCGUUUUCAAAUUACAUUUCUCUAGAUGUAUAGUUAAACUAUGUUUUGUAAAUUCUUACUCCGUAUCAUAUCUCCCUACAAAUCCACAUAUACUCAUUGUUCAUAAUAGCAGGGCUAAUGAAACAAAAAAAGGGAUUCCGAAGAAACUUUUCUUUAUUGUUUUAUUGAGAAUAAAUUGUAUUGCAGUAGUAAAUUACACAAACAUAAUCAUAAUAAUACUAAAUUAU